AUGCUACACGAAUUGCUGCUGGCGCUCGUAGGUUACACUGGAGAUCUCAUCGUCGACGAGAGGGAACACCAAGAAAAUCUACGGGUUAACUUAUCCCCGGACGCGCCCCUCGCCGAUGAGCCGACUUUCAGGCUCGCGUCAGAUAUUUCCUUCAUUCAGCCCAGCGAGAGGGAAGUUAUUGAGAGAGUGAUUACGCUAGGUUUCUACUAUAGGGAGCUAGAACGCUUUGCUGCUAAAUCUAGGAAUUUAAGUUGGAUUCGAUCUUCGAAUGAGUCACCCUUGUUGAGAGCCGCAGAAAUUUCAAAAGGAAAGAAAGUUAAGCCAAGUGUAUAUAGGAGGGCAUUGGCAAAUGGCAUUGUUGAGAUGUUGUCUGUCUACAGAUCUGCUGUUUUGCAAAUCGAGCAGAAAUUGUUGUCUGAUUCCCUGCCCAUCCUGGCAACUGUGACACAAGGACUCAAUAAGUUCUUUGUCUUGCUGCCACCUCUUUAUGAGCUCAUUUUGGAGAUUGAGCGUGAUAAUGUAUAUGGCGGGAGACUUCUCAAUCUCUUACAAAAGCGAUGCCAUUGUGGGGUUCCUGAACUACAAACAUGCAUUCAGCGGCUUCUAUGGCAUGGACAUCAGGUCAUGUACAAUCAACUUACAUCAUGGGUGGUUUAUGGGAUCCUUCAUGACCAGUAUGGAGAGUUCUUUGUUACAAGGCAAGAGGAUAGGGAUUCUGAAGAUGACACAGGGGCAGAUACACUUAACAAAUUGGCUCGCAUGUCAACCAAUGAUGUGUCUCUAACUGAUUGGCAUCUGGGUUUCCACAUUUCUCUGGAUAUGCUUCCAGAGUAUGUUCCAAUGCACAUAGCUGAAUCUAUUCUAUUUGCUGGAAAAGCUAUCAGAGUUCUCCGGAAUCCAAGUCUUGCUCCAUCUCAUCAACACAUACAGAAAGGAUCCCAAAGGUCUCAAGUAUCUACGGGAAGGCUGUCCAUGUUGAAGGACUCUUCUAUACAAACUAUAUUGACUGGAGAAGAAUUACUUCCACAAUCUGAGGCUGACAAAAUUGAAUCUAUGCUUCAAGACUUGAAGAGUUUUCUUGAGGAGAGUCGUGUGCUUAUGCGGUUACCACCUCGUCAAUCAACUGCUGAAGCUGAUCUGAUGGUUCCAUUUCAACUGGCUGCAUUAAAGACUAUUGGCGAAGAGGAUAAAUACUUCUCCAGAGUGUCUUUGCGGAUGCCUGGAAUCACAUUGAGAUCGUCCCAUGGUGAGUUGCCAAAAUCAAAAGCAUAUUCUGAUGGUGAUACGGGCGCACAAGCAGAUACUUCUAUGGAGAUGUCAGUGGAUGGCUGGGAUGGCGUUGCUCUUGAAUACUCUGUUGAUUGGCCAUUGCACUUGUUCUUUACACAGGAAGUGCUCUCUAAGUACCUUAGGAUCUUUCAAUACUUGCUCCGUCUAAAGCGCACUCAAAUGGAAUUGGAGAAGUCAUGGGCUUCUGCAAUGCAUCAAGACCAUUCCGAUUUUGCCAAACGUCACAACAAGAGCCGUAAAAGUUCAACAUCUCAACAGAAACGGCAACGCUUUAGACCAAUGUGGCGUGUUAGAGAACAUAUGGCUUUCCUGAUCAGAAAUCUCCAAUUCUAUAUUCAGGUGGAUGUAAUAGAAUCUCAAUGGAACGUUUUGCAAUCUCAUAUUCAAAAUUCUCGGGAUUUCACAGAACUGGUGGGAUUUCACCAAGAGUACUUAUCUGCACUGAUUUCACAAUCUUUCUUAGAUAUUGGUUCGGUCUCACGCAUUUUGGAUGGCAUUAUGAAGCUUUGUUGGCAAUUUUGCUGGAAGGUUGAGAACCAAGAGAACAAAGAAAUCACCACCGAGUUAGAGCACAUAGCUGAGGAAUUUAAUAAGAAGUCAAAUUCAUUAUACACGAUUCUCCGCAGCAGCAGGAUAGCCGGGAGUCAACGUGCCCCAUUUCUCAGGCGGUUCCUUCUACGACUCAACUUCAAUUCAUUCUUUGAGACCACUGCUAGAGGGGUGCUGAAUGUUGUAAGACCUCGCCCGACACUCUCGUCUGGAGUGAUUUAA